AUGGAUCAACAAAAAUUCUUAGAGCUCUUGCAGGGCGUCCAAAUUCCUGAUACCGAACGUGUCAAGGCCGCAACCACAGAACUUAGAAAAAACUAUUAUCCAAAUCCAGAAUCACUUCUCUGGCUUAUCGAGAUCUUCAUUUCCCAUGGAGAUCAAGCGAUCAGACAACAAGCCGCUGUCGAGGCCCAACGCUUGGUCAAGAAGCACUGGAAGAACAUUUCAGAUGCCCAAAAGCAACAAAUCAGAGAACAACUUCUACAAAAGACGUUAAAUGAAGAGGUUAAAUUGGUUAGACACUCUGGCGCUCGUGUCAUCGCUGCUAUCGCCGGUGAAGACAUCGAGAAUGGGCAAUGGGCCAACCUUCCUGAUACCCUCGCACAAGCCGCAGGCUCUCGUCAAGUCUCACAUCGUGAGGUCGGAGUCUUCAUUCUCUUUACUUUACUGGAGACUGCUUCGCCAUACUUUGCUGAGCAAACUGCUGUACUCUUCUCCAUCCUCAGCAAGACCAUCCACGACCAAGAGAGCACUGAUGUCAGGAUCAACACUUUGAUCUGUCUUGGUGCCGUUGCCACAAUGAUCGAGCCAGAUGAGGAUCCAGAGAGUUUGAAGUUAUUCCUCGAGAUUUUCCCACAAAUGGUCAGUGUAUUGAAGAAUUUCAUUGAUGCCAAGGAGGAGGACCGCACUGUUCAAGCUUUCGAGGUUUUCCAAACUUUGUUGGGCUGUGAAUCAGCCUUGAUCGCACCCCACUUCAAAGACCUUUGCAAUUUCAUGCUUGAGAUUGCUGCAGAUACCAACAACGAAAACGACGCAAGAACACAAGCUUUGUCCUUCCUUAUGCAAUGCACCAGAUACAGAAAGAUGAAGAUUCAAGGUACCAAGGAUUUGGGUGAGAAGAUCACCAUGACCAGCAUGCAAAUCGCGACAGAACUCGAAGAUGAUGACGACGAAGAUGAUGAGACCUCACCAGCUCGCUCUGCAUUGGGUCUUCUCGGUUUACUCGCAGAAAGCUUGCCACCUCGCCAAGUUAUCGUUCCCCUCCUCAACGCCCUUCCACAAUUCUCGAGCCAUCAAGAUCCAAGAUACCGCCAAGCCGGUAUUCUGGCACUCGGCAUGUGUGUCGAAGGUGCACCAGAUUUUGUUGGUACUCAAAUGGAUAGUUUCUUGCCUGUUGUCUUCAAGCUCCUUGAGGACCCAGAAAGUGGUGUUAGACAUGCAGCUCUUAACGGUGUUGCAAGAUUGGCAGAUGAUCUUGCCGAAGAUCUUCAAAACACUCACGAGCACCUCAUUCCCGCUCUUCUCAAGAAUCUUGAUGCUGCUAUGCAAUACGCAGCUAGCGGAAACAAUGAUAAACAAACUCUUGACACCAUGAAAGCAUCAUGCGGUGCUUUGGACUCCUUGACCGAAGGUAUGGACCAAGAAAUUGUUAAGAACUAUCUCCCAACCCUUGUCCCACGCCUCGCUCAAUUGUUGGACCACCCCGAUGUCGGUGUCAAAUCUGCUGCCGCUAGUGCGAUUGGUUCUCUCGCAAGUUCCUCCGAAAAGGAGUUCCUUCCGUUCUUCAAGGACACCAUCGAGAAGUUGGCACAAUUUGUCGAGUUGAAGUCAAGCAAUGAUGAGCUCGAUCUCCGUGCUACUGUCUGUGAUUCCAUUGGAAGCAUGGCAGCAGCUGUGGGCGCUGAGGUCUUCCAACCCUACGUCAAGCCAUUGAUGCAAGCAAGUGAAGAAGCUUUGCAUCUUGACCACCCCCGCUUGAAGGAAACCAGCUACAUUCUCUGGAGUACCUUGGCCAAGGUUUAUGAGGAGGAUUUCACGCCUUUCCUUGAAGGAGUUGUUACCGCUUUGGCUGCCUGUUUAGAUCAAGAAGAAGACAACCUCGAAGUUGAGCUCGGUGAGCAUGCCCAAGACUUACUUGGCCAAGAAGUCAUUGUUGCUGGAAAGAAGGUCAAGGUUGCUGGCGCCACCGAUGUCGAGGAUGUUGAUGAUAUGGAUGAUGAUGAUGACGACGAAGACUGGGAUGAUCUUACAGCCGUCACUGCUGUUGCCAUGGAGAAGGAGGUUGCAGUUGAAGUUAUCGGUGAUAUCUUGACGCACACUCGUCAACACUACAUGCCUUACUUCGAGAGAACCAUCGAGGCUAUCUCUCCAUUGGUAGAGCACUCUUACGAAGGUGUAAGAAAGACCGCAAUCAGUACAAUGUGGAGAGCAUACGCUUGCCUUUACAGUAUGAUGGAGGAUAAGACGGGAACAAAGUGGACCCCUGGUCUACCCAUGGCAACUCAACCUACUCCUGAGUUGGUCAAGAUGGGAGAAAUUGUUACAACUGCAACAAUGUCUCUCUGGGAGGAUGAAUAUGACCGUGGUGUCGUUACCGAUAUCAACCGCAACGUCGCUUCUACAUUGAAACUUUGCGGACCAGCUAUUUUGGCCCAGCCAAACUUUGCUGAGGCCAUCAAGAACGUCAUCUUCGCUGUUAUUAACCGUGUCCACCCUUGUCAGCAGGACCUCGGUGAUGAGCUUGAAUCACCUGAUGAGGAUGAUGCCGAGUCGUCCGAAUAUGACUGGCUCGUCAUUGACACCGCUCUUGACCUCACCUCAAACCUUGCUCUUGCCCUUGGUGCUCAGUUCGCUGAAAUCUUCAAGGAGUUUGAGAAGCCUCUGAAGAAGUUCGCCUCCUCCAACACUCCAUUUGAGCGAUCGACCGCAAUCGGUGUCAUUGCCGAGCUUACCGGGCACAUGGGUUCAGCCGUCACUCCAUUCACUGCAUCCCUCUUGCCAGUCCUUCUUAAACGCCUUUCUGAUACCGACCCUGAAGCCAAGUCCAACGCUGCAUAUGGUGUAGGUCUCUUGAUCUUCCACUCUCAAGACAGCGCUACCUACCUCCCAUCAUAUAACAACAUUCUGAGUAAACUUGAGCCACUCCUCCAAACCAACCAUGCCCGCUCCAUCGACAAUGCUUGCGGAUGUGUUUCUCGUAUGAUCAUGGCUCACCAGGAUGCUGUCCCUCUUGACGAUAUCCUCCCAGUCAUGGCUGGACUGUUACCACUCAAGGAAGACUAUGAGGAGAACGAGCCUAUCUUUGAAAUGAUUACUGGACUUUACAGUCAGAGCAAUCAAACAAUCUUGCAGCUUACUCCAAAAUUGAUUCCUGUGUUUGCAGCGGUUCUUGGCGAGCCAGUUGAUCAAUUGGAAGUCGAGACUAGAGAAAAGGUCAAGGGCGUUGUUAAGUUCAUUGGCGGAAGCCACCCAGAGUUGCUGAACGGUCACCCAUCAUUACAAAACUUGUAA